AAGAUGGAGAGAGAGGGGGAGAGAGAGAGAGAGAGAGACAGAGGGAGAGAGGAAGGAUUUCGUUUAGUCGCAAUACGUGCUUACAGUAGUGUCGAGAGAACGAGCUUGCCUGUUCUUUCUUUAAUUUUUUUCUUUUUUUACCGAAAACUUAGAUGCAUUAGAGAGAAUUAGUCGCGAGAGAGAAAGCCAACGAAGGGAGCACGACGCGAAGCGAAAGGAUAUACUUUUUUUUGUCCGUCAGAAAUUGUCACGGCGCUUGUAUGUUUUACAAACGACACGAUGCGCGGUGUGCAUAUAUAUACUAUAUACACACACAUAUAUAUAUAUAUAUAUAUAUAUAUAUAUAUAUAUACAUAUAUGAAUAUAUUGUGUAUAUAUGUACAUAUAUAUAUACAUACAUAUAUCUAUAUAAUAUACACAUAUAUACAUAUAUGUAACAUAUGUCAGUAACUGUGUAUUCUGUGGAUCGAGUAGUGCCGGGCUUUGUCGCGUUAUUACGUUAUAUAUAGCAGCACAAUCCAUCUAGUAUCGUAUCGUCGGGAUACUUUCGGAAAUAGAUUAAAGAGAGAAAUAUCUAAAAAAAAAGAGAGAAAAAUAAAAUUGUAACGUAAAGUAGAAGAAAGUAAAAAGAAAGAAGAAGAGAGAGAGAGAUAAGAGAGAAAAAAUGUGAGAGAAAAGAUGAGAGAGAGAGAGAGAGAGAAGAUGAGAAAGAGAGAGAGAGAGAGGGAGAGAGAGAGGAGUUUUUCCGCGGGGUUAGAGAGCGCCGGAGGGAAUACAAGAAGUUGAUGUUCUUGUUUGUUUGGUUGCAGGAGUUGAUGGGUGUGGAUGAGCGGGUGUAUGCGUGCAUGUACUGCGGUGCCUCGUUCCUCCACCAGAGCAAGCUGACGCGGCACAUCCUCUCGCACAGCCUCGAGUCGCUCAAGUACCGCGAGCAGGCGGCCCACCUGCAGCUGCAGGCUCAGCUGGGCCUCGAGCCCGGCAUGCACCUGCCGCCGGAGGCCCACUACCCCGCCGCGGGUACGAUCGAGCCGAUGGACUUCGAGCUCGCGGCCCACUCGGAUCCGACCUCCGGCGUCGUCCUCUGCAAGUUCUGCGGCAAGUCCUUCCCGGACGUCGGCUCGCUGAUCGCCCACCUACCGGCGCACACCGGCGAUCGGCCGUUCAAGUGCGAGUUCUGCGGCAAGGCGUUCAAGCUGCGCCACCACAUGAAGGAUCACUGUCGCGUGCACACCGGCGAGCGGCCGUUCCGGUGUACGCUGUGCGGCAAGACCUUCUCGAGGUCGACGAUACUCAAGGCCCACGAAAAGACACAUUACCCCAAGUAUGUGCGCAAGUUCCUGUCCCCGAGCCCCGUGGACCCCUCCGAGGAAGAGGCUCCGCCGCCGCCACCACCGCAUCAUUGAGUUCGCCUUAGCCUCAGCAGAGAUCGCCGCGCCAUCACCGGUGCCGACGAUGACGACGACGACGACGACGACGACGACGAUGAUGACGAUGGCGACGACAACAACGACGAUCGCGAUGGACCCGGUGGGCUUCUACGCGUCCGCGUCGUUGUCGUUGAUCGCGCCAACGGGCCGACGACGGCGGUAUUGUCCACGCUUCCGGUACCGCCGCCGUCGUCACCGCUGCCACCGCCGUCACCGUCGCCAUUGACGUCGCCGCUGCCGCCGCCGUGGAUGCCGUCGCCGUCGCGACCGCGACAGCGACGCGUCCCUACGACGUUUUUCUGCAUCCGCACCCCCGGUACCCGUCUCCUCUCGUCCACCUGCUGCUGAUCGCGCGCGUAGCGACGCGCCGCGACACGCCCGCGGACCGUGACGCGCGACUCUCCCCGCGUUACGCGGUCCGAAUCGAGCGACGGGGCAAGAUAAGCUGGCGGUAUUUCUAGUUAGUCCUGUGAUUUUGGUUAGGAUGGUUGGUAAAUGCGUGUUCAGGGGGAGGGACACGUUAAAACGAGCUCCCUCGUUUAAUCAGUGCUUUAAGACGAAACGUUUAGCUUAUUAUAUACAUAUAAAUAUAAAUAUAUAUAGAUAUAUAUAUAAAUUAUAUAUACGUAUAUAUAUAUCGAUAAAUUAUUGAAGGUAUAUAUAUACAUAUACACACACACACGAGCGAGAUGGGGUUAGUGAAAGGAAGAGAGCGUAAAAAAAUGGGAGGGUAUAAGCGGGCAUAGCGAAACGGAACGAGAGGUUAAACGGGGUGGAGGCGAAAGGAAAUUUGAGUCGCCACGGUUGGUGCUUUUAAGAGAUUUUGAUAAAAUGCUGUGAAUAUUAUAUUGAUUACGAUUAACUAUAAAUUAUUGUAAUAAUGUACUGACAUUGUACGCGAUGUACGAUGCGACUGUUGUUGAUACGAUUGAGAAUAUUUUAUACAGUUGACACGGGGGGUGGGAAUAGAACGCGCGCCGACGAUACAGACACGACCGAAGCCGAGGGUGGGUGGGGAAGGGGAUAGGGAGGAAACGUCCACUUAGCAAAAUUCGACGCAGUGCAAUUCGAUUCGGUGGACAGGUAUAUGAAUCCGUAAUAGAGAAAGAGCGAGUGAGAGUAAGAGAAUGUGAGAAAGAGGGAGAGACAGAAAGAGAGAGAGAAAGAAAGAGUACUAUGUGUCUCUAUGUGUGUGUGUGUGUGUGUGUGUGUGUGUUUGCUUGUUUGUACGAAGGAGAGAGAAAGAGUGAGGUCCAUAUUAGUAAUUGUCACCCGAAAUUGUCUCAUGUGAGAUGCUCAGAUCUUUAUUCAGAGUUAGAUUCAAGAUUUUCAGUUGAAUUAUACGAUAUAUGUGACAUUUGUAUCUGUAAUCGCGAUUCAACCGAAAAACUCUCACCUAAUUCUGAAUUAAAAUAUCAUUAUGUUGCUUAUGAGACAAGUUUCAAGUAAUAAUUUCAAUUAAUAUGGGCCUAUAAGAGCGAACAAGAGAGAGAGAGAGAAAGAAAGAAUGAAUGAAUGAAUGAGUGAGUGAGUGAGUGAGUGAGUGAGUGAGUGAGUGAGUGAAUUUAUUUAUUACGAGUGCGCUGGCGUUAUUGGCUUCGUCGAGUAACUUUCGUUCCUGACUUUGAUCGGCGACAACAUCUUCGCGCUAAUCGUCGCGAGUCGACUGUUCGCGGACGUCCGAUGCGCGAGUCGCCGCGCGUCGCCAAACGGUAAAUCCAACCUCUCUCUCGCGCGCGCGUCGUCAGAACGCCUCGCGUUCCGUCUGCGGAGAUCUCGCAUAUCGCACUCAUAGACUCACAAAGGCAGACCGCUCAUUCUUGAGGCGGCUGAAGCCAAGAGUAAAGGACAGAGAUACGCUGAGUAAGGUUCUUUCUCUGUCACAUAGUGCUAUAGGAAGAGAGUGGUGACGUAGGAAGGGAUGAUGUAGGGGAAGCAAAGGAGAGGGAGUACGCAUUGACCAUAUAAUCGCUUCUCCUCCUUCGUUCUCCCCAUUAACUAGACAAUUAGACGAGGAAAGCAUCUUACUCGCUAUUGCUCUCUCUUAUUAAUACUGACUCCAGCCCUCCAAUGGGAAUGCACCGUCUAUCUCUAUAAGUUUAUGAUCUCCCCUCCAGAGAGUACGUCCUCCGCAGCGCGUUUCCGUGACGUUUUCGCGCGCGCGGUCGAAUGUUCCCGCGGUUGCCAUCGCGUAGUCUCCCUCGGAUCCGGCGUCCUGGAACGGGCCGAGGGUACGCGACGACGCGCGGUGGCCAUUGAAGACAGUGCAAUACCUGACUAUACACACACACCGCGCAUUAUACUUUUUACUUGUAGUCCGAUUCUUAUUUAACUUGCGUUCUCAUAAGGUAGUUAGAUAGCCCAAUCGCGUCAACUCGGUCUCCGGGUGAUACACGUUUGUUCGUUUCGUUCCAUGCGCCUUCGUCUUUAAUUUAUUUAUAGUCCUCAGGGCAAACGGGGAUAUACUUGGACGCGCGCGUGCUCUUGGAAGGAACACCGUGAGACCGUGAGUGACCAUUCGCGCGGCGCGACUAGCCUCUCCCGAUGGUCGCCAGGAUAUAUCGACAGUCCCGUCUCGAAUCGCAAAGCUCAAUGCGCAAAGGCCCGCAUAGAACAUUUCUUGGGAUCUCCUUGGCAUCCAGUCCGACUCCUCAAAAUAAUUAUGGGUUCUGGUUAGAAGUGUAAUAUUUCAAACAUUGACCCCCAAAGUUUUCCCAACAUUCUUCCUCUGUUCCUCGUUUUACACUAGAAUUGAGCAAAACAUGUGCCAACUUUUUAAGUAAUUUUAUUAUCCAGGAAAAUACUCAAACUAUUUCAGAAAAUUUUAUUUUUUCAAUCUUUUAUUCUCUGUUGCAUACAACAGAUGAUACAAAAAUAGGUUUCUCUGUUUUGAUAAAAGUAAACCGAUGUUAUCGACUCGAAAAAAAAGCGAGUUUCCAUAAUAUUUCUGUUUCGAUUCUAAUCAGAAAACCCAUGUUUGGACAAAAAUGGGAUUCCCAAUUGUGGGAAUCCCACAAAGGGGAAAAGGGUGAGAUAACCAACUUUGGGGGAAAAAAUUUGGGCAUUCUAAUCGGAACCUGUAUUGUAUCUGAGAAAAUCUUGGGAAAUUUCUAUGUGGGGCUCCGCGGUAGGAAUCGACACAACACAGCGAGGUUUGCGACGAGAAGGCUCGUUCGUGGAACAAAUGUUCAGCGAUAGUCCCGCUGACGUACCGAAGUGUGGCUUGAAAAUUCAUCAUUUAUUCGCACGACUCUUUGAAGUUCCAACGAUUGUAGUCGUCCCGGUAAUCGAGUCCCAAGUCGGUCGCGAUUAUCGCAUCGUCGAGAGACCCCUUUUCCCGAUCAUUCGUGAUUCACGAUGACACCGCGUGGAACUUCCCGCAGAGGGAAUGAAGAGCAAGAUCAGCCGCGUUUCCGUCCGCGAAUGUCAGCACGCCUCCAUCUACACGGUGACCUCGCGUUUUGCGUGUACGAUCGAGUGACGACACGAGAACCAGUAUUCGAGAUACUUUUGUUUUCCUAUUAGGUAAGGUAAGAUAAUAAUUUAGCACGCACAGGGCGGCCUGUGCGAGGCGAUGUUUCUUGUGUUCUCUCUCUCUCUCUCUCUCUCUCUCUCUCUCUCUCUCUCGAAAGGAAAAAAAAAAAGAAAGAACGGUGCGACCGUUCAUCGUCGUUGGCAAUGCCGACGUCGUCAUCGCCGUCGCCGUUGUCGUCAGUGGCGGUCCGAUUCCUCGUAGACGAAGGUACAAAGCGUAAUUUCCCCAUUGAUUUCUCGCCGGGCAAUUUAAUUCGGCUACACGCGAGCGCAUGAGGACGAAAAACAGGCGCGUCUUCGGGACCCUCGCGGUAAACACUAUCGUGGCCGGGGCAAUUGCACGCGAUUGCGAGCGACGAGCAAACGAGUUCUUUUCCCCGUCUCUUCCUUUAAGCGAUUCGGCGAGCGCAUUGUAUAUUUAGCAGCCACUUACUUUCCAUCGUUCUCCUCGCAAGAGCUCUCCCUCCCUCCCCC